AAAAAAAAAAAACAUAUGAAAAAUGAAAGCUGGAAUCUGAUUGGUUGCUAUUGGCAACUGCUAUGCAGUCCGUUAGCACAAGGUUUGAUAAAUCUCCCCCAGUUUAUUAAAACACUUGUGCUGCCUUUCCUCAGCCUUAUAGGGCCAUUUGCCCCUGUUAUGCCAGUUGUGAGUUAAUUUUAAGUUCCUGGAAUCUUAGUGUUUUCAUCAUGGAUGCUCAGGACGAAGAUAGGACAAAGAUAUCAAAUGCUAACCAAGAGCUCAAGGAGCCAUCUAAACCAUUACAGCCAAACCUAGCAGAAAUGCCAAAAAAAGAUGUCACAGAAGCACAAAACAUCACACAAAUCCAAGAGAGCAUCAAUCCUUCUGUUCAGGCACCGAAAUCCAAUUUGCUAAUACAUGGUAUGCAAAGUAAGAGUCAACCUGAAAUAAAGGCCACUGAAUGGAGAAAACGGCUACUGGAGACCCAGUAUGCAUCAUCUAAAGUAAAAACACGAUCAAAGAGCUUGUCCCCAAAAACUCAAAGUUACACAGCUCUUCACAGCAGAUCUUCUUUACUUCGCCGUAGUGCCUCACCAACACCUGCUACUAAAACAGCUACAAGUGAUAGUUAUUUGCAGACAGAGACCACCAUGUCAAGCAACACUGACACAGAUGAAACACGCCUAGGUAAUGCCCCAUUAUCUUCACAGUUUCCAACAAUUCGUAAGGUGAGCCUAAUUUCUGAUAAAAAGAAAGACUAUCAGCUAAGUGAAGAUGAGAAAGGAAGGCAUAAUGCAUUGCCCAAAGAGAGUGUACACAACACAGGAACAUCUCCACCAUAUCCUGAGCAGGAGAAGCAAGAAGAAGCCUUCUUUGUAGGUUCUGAUACUGACAUGGCUUCUUCAGUUGUCUGGUGGCUAAAAGGUGUGUCAUACAGUAAACUUCAGCAAAAUUUGCACUAAAUUAAUAAACUUAGAAGGAG